AUGGACCCUCCCGCGGGCAUCGCCUGCGUCCUGCUCUGCUGCGCGCUCGCCCUGCCCGCCGGCGCCCUGCGGCGCCCCGGGGACAGAGAUUCAAUUCUGAGGAAUAUAGAGGAGUACAGCCUUGUCAUCCCCACCAGCACCGAUUCAGAGGGCAGGUUCCUAUCCCACCUGGUGUCUGGACCGCCAAAAGGACGUUUCAGGAGAGCAGUGGAGGACUUGCAACGUGAAGUAGCAAAUGAGCAAAUAUUUUACAAUGUCACUGUUUUUGGAAGAGAGUUUCACUUCAGGUUGCGGCCAAACUCGAGGCUCGUGGCCCCUGGAGCAACAGUUGAGUGGCAGGAGGACUCUGAGGAGACUCACAUUGAACCUCUCUAUGGGAAUUGCCUCUAUGUUGGGGAUAUCACCGAUUUGCCAAAUGCUUCAGUGGCUAUCAGCAAUUGCGAUGGGCUGGCUGGCAUGAUCCGCACGGACAAGGACGAGUUCUUCAUUGAACCUCUGGAGAAGGGGGCCCGGGAGGAGGAGGAGGGAGGAGGCAGAACACACGUGGUCUAUCGCAGAGCAGCUGCCAAGAAGCAGCUUCCUAUUGAGAGCAUGGAUACCCUGCAUAAAGCUGCUAACCUCACUAAUUUGGAUAAUCUCGACAGCGCGUUGAGCCUUGUUGAAGACCAGGUGCACAGAUCGAGGCAGCGCCACCGAAGGCACGCGACGGAGGACGAUUACAACAUUGAAGUCCUUCUGGGGGUUGAUGACUCAGUUGUUCAGUUCCAUGGCAAAGAACAUGUUCAGAAGUACCUGCUGACCCUGAUGAAUAUUGUUAAUGAAAUUUAUCAUGAUGAGUCCCUGGGUGCUCACAUUAAUGUUGUCUUGGUGAGGAUAAUCCUGCUGAGCUACGGCAAGUCUAUGAGUCUGAUAGAGAUUGGGAACCCUUCACAAAGCCUGGAGAACGUGUGUCGCUGGGCCUACCUGCAGCAGAAACCUGACACUGGGCACGCGGAGUACCACGACCACGCCAUCUUCCUCACGAGGCAGGAUUUUGGUCCAUCAGGCAUGCAAGGCUACGCUCCAGUCACUGGGAUGUGUCAUCCUGUCCGAAGCUGCACUCUCAACCAUGAAGAUGGUUUUUCAUCUGCAUUUGUGGUGGCUCACGAAACUGGACAUGUUUUAGGCAUGGAGCACGAUGGCCAAGGGAACAGAUGUGGGGACGAGGUGCGCCUGGGCAGCAUCAUGGCCCCCCUGGUGCAGGCUGCCUUCCACCGCUUCCACUGGUCCCGCUGCAGCCAGCAGGAGCUGAACAGAUACCUCCAUUCCUAUGAUUGUCUGCGUGAUGAUCCCUUCGAACAUGACUGGCCUUCCCUUCCACAGCUGCCAGGAAUUCACUACUCCAUGAAUGAGCAGUGCCGGUUUGAUUUUGGUUUGGGCUACAUGAUGUGCACAGCUUUCCGCACGUUCGAUCCCUGCAAGCAACUGUGGUGCAGCCACCCCGAGAACCCCUAUUUCUGCAAAACAAAGAAAGGGCCUCCGCUGGACGGGACCAUGUGUGCUCCAGGAAAGCACUGCUUUAAAGGUCACUGCAUCUGGCUCACACCAGACAUCCUGAAGCAGGAUGGACACUGGGGGGCAUGGAGUAAGUUUGGCUCUUGUUCUCGCACCUGUGGCACCGGGGUGAAGUACAGGACACGGCAGUGUGACAACCCGCAUCCUGCCAACGGAGGCCGCACGUGUGUGGGGCCGAGCUACGAGUUCCAGCUGUGCAACACACAGGACUGUCCCAAGGACUUUGAGGAUUUCAGGGAGGAGCAAUGCAGGCAGUGGGAUCCCUACUUUGAGUACCAGAACACGAAACACCACUGGCUCCCCUAUGAACAUGUUGAUGCUAAGGAGAGGUGCCACCUGUAUUGCGAAUCAAAGGAGACAGGGGACGUGGUGUACAUGAAAAGGAUGGUACACGAUGGGACCCGCUGCUCCUACAAGGAUGCUUACAGCAUCUGUGUGAGGGGAGACUGCUUGAAAGUUGGGUGUGACAGGGUCAUAGGUUCCACGAAGCAGGAAGAUAAGUGUGGUGUUUGUGGAGGAGAUAAUACCCACUGCAAAGUGGUGAAAAGAACAUUUUCAAGAGUACCAAAGAAACAAGGACACAUUAAGAUGUUUGAAAUUCCUGCUGGUGCAAGACAUUUACUUAUACAGGAAACAGAUGCCACCACUCAUAAUCUUGCUAUUAAAAACCGUGAGACGGGGAAAUUCAUUCUUAGUGAAGACAACUAUGUGCCAGACUCUAAAGUAUUUAUUGACAUGGGUGUGGAGUGGGAAUAUCGGAAUGACGACGAUAGAGAAACGGUGCAGACCAUGGGACCGCUGCGUAAUGGGAUAGUUAUUCUGGUGAUUCCUCACGGUGGUGCCAAGAUAUCUUUGACUUACAAGUACAUGAUCCAUGAAGAUUCCUUGAAUGUAGAUAACAAUAAUGUUUUGGAAGUGGACUCAGUGUCGUAUGAAUGGGCUUUGAAGAAAUGGUCCCAGUGUUCAAAACCUUGUGGAGGAGGCUACCAGUUCACCAAGUACGGCUGCCGGAGGAAGACGGACCACAAGAUGGUUCAUCGGAGUUUCUGCGAGGUGAUCCCGAAGCCCAAACCCAUCCGCAGGGUGUGCAACCUCCAGGAGUGCUCCCAGCCCAUAUGGGUUACAGGAGAAUGGGAGCCUUGCAGCAAAACCUGUGGGAAAACAGGGUAUCAGGUGCGAUCCGUUCGCUGCAUCCAGCCCCUCCACGACAACACAAACCGCUCUGUUCACACCAAGUACUGCAACAACGACCGCCCCGAGGGCAGGAGGCCCUGCAACCGGGAGCUGUGCCCUGCACAGUGGAGAAUAGGACCCUGGUCACAGUGCUCCGUCAGCUGUGGCAAUGGCACACAGGAUCGCCCGGUGCUGUGCCGGACCAGGGACAACGCCAUCGGCCUGUGCAAGGAGAAUAAACCAGAGAACGUAAGGAUUUGCAGACUACCUCCGUGCCCAAGAAACGUUUCUGAUCCUUCAAAGAAAACCUACAUGAUACAAUGGCUGUCAAGACCUGAUCCAGACUACCCCAUCCAGAAAAUAUCUUCAAAAGAUCAUUGUCAAGGAGACAAGUCAAUGUUUUGUCGCAUGGAAGUUCUCUCUCGUUACUGCUCCAUCCCUGGUUACAAUAAGCUGUGUUGCAAGUCCUGUAACAUGUACAGCAACAUAACAGAGGACGGCAAUGUAACCGAUGCUAAUGUAAAUAAGAAUAAUGUCAUUGAGGAGGAGCUCCUGACAACCCUCAGCCCUCCCGUGGGAGCAUCCACCACCCAGUCUGCCACCAGCCCUCCUCAGGUUUCCAAAACACGUGCACCCCCUUCCAAUGCAACUGAGGAGCACCCAGAAAUCAAUGCAGUGGAUGUUCCCUAUAAAGUUGAUGGGUUGGAUAACGAAGUACCACAGCACAACAUCAUUACACGGAGGAGGAUACCUUAUGAAAGGACAAGGAAUCAAAGAAUUCAGGAGCUGAUUGCUGAGAAAAUGAAAAAAGAGACUCUUAGGAAAAUAAACUAAAACGGAAAUAUGGCACAAACAACAUUUUUCUCUUAUAGAGAUGUUACAAACAUCAUAGUAUUGCCCGGGUCGUAGAGACUAAAAAUGGGGAAAAAUCAAAGUGGUGCUAUGGCAGAGAUGCCAAAUUCUCAAGCCUACUAUAAAUGGAAAUGACAGAUUGUUUGAUAAGUGCUAAUCUGAGCAGUUUGAUGGCUAGGUUAGGUGUACAGGGUACGGCAGAGUAUUAGUGCAAUAUCCCCACAGUGUUCCACUGAAUCCAAACAAACCGUAAUACUUAGGCCAGGUUAGCAGGUUUCUUGGUUAUGGGCUCUUUUAAGUCUUCUAUGCCUGUGUAAAACUGCUUGGGAAUAGUAAUGGGAGUUACACUUAGUAUGGAGGAGAGCAGUCCCAAGCUGUAAUAAAUCCCUUUAACACUGACAAGCAGGUGGUCAGCAAUCCUGUGAUGCUUCUGUGCAUUGCAUAAACCCUGGUACUCACACAGCCCGGUUCAGGAAGGUACCUAAGGAUGUGCCAGGCUCAGUUUGAUGACUUUGGCAGAGCUGCUUCUGUGGUCACAGCUCAGCAUUUGCUCAUGUACCUUUCUGAACCGGGUCUGUGUUCGAUAAUAUAUAGAAAAUCCUGUAGCCCUAUAUUUAUGUGUAAAUUAAAAACCAGCAAACAGUAGUUUACAUACUUCCAUAAACAGUUUCAAAGGAUUCUCCUAAACUUUUGGAUGCACACAAGACAAUUUAGUAGGGUAGAUCUGGCCAACUUGGACUGACAACAUCCUACUCUUUCUGUUUACAAUUAUCCAUAUUUUUGGUAGUCUUUAAAUUCCUGUAAUGCAACAGCCUCAGUGAUCGUUGUUGGUUGGUGCUUUUUUUAUUGGUCUGAUUUUUUUUUUCUACCCACAUUCUGUUUAACUUAAAGAUGACUGGAUUCUUGUUGU